AUGGCUAAGACAACAGUUAUCACAGCAGAGAAUACUUUCCCCAAGAAAAGUCCUAAUAAAGAACGAGCUAAUUCUCAGAUUCAACAGUUUCUGACUAGACACUGCAUAGAGAUCAAGCUGGGACAGGCUAUGGGUUGGUUGGUGCUUGUUACGCUGGCAUUCCUGGCUGUCAUGGCAGGAGCAACACCCCUGAGAGAUUCAGUGGACGUACAGCUUGUGAGGUCGGACGAAAACGAGCUAGAGGCCUGGGUGACGUGGGGAGAUGAAGGAAUGGGAGUACAGAUCAAUGCCAAGUCAAACCGGCUCUCUAUCCAAUCAAAUCGAGGGGAAAUACUCAUCUACGGAGAGAAGAUUGACGGUUCCGGAACAUUCUAUUCUGCUCAGGGACAGAGCUUCUUUGCGACUGAAACCACAGACAGAGACGGAACUCUCACGAAAACCGAGUAUGCUGUGCCAAGUUCGAUGGAAGCAGAGGCAAAAGAGGCAUUCAAGCAGAAGAAGAUUCAGAGAAUGCUCGGGUCUCUUGAUCAAAGUGGUGCUCGACAGUCUUCUGAAGGGGCCAUUCGCGAACUAGUGCAGAGGCCGGAGAUCAAAAUACUGGAGGAGACUGCUCGAAUUCUGGGCGAACGUGGAGUAAUAGGAGCAGAAAACGACGGAGCUUUGCUGUUCUACAUGACGGUUAUGAACAUGCUCAGAGGGAGGGAGGGGCACAGCUCGAGAAGAAGUGCGGACAGAGAGACACAAUCUUUCAAGCGUCGUCAUCGUUCCCUGGACACCGAAAGCGAGGGAGAAAGGAGGGUGGUCGACAACCAGGAGGAAGUCUUGUGCCUUCCAGCAAUAUCUCUAUCUCCAAGUGUAAAGUCGAGUAAUGUGCCGGACUGCACAGAAGUUACAAAAACCACUCUCAGCACCGGAGGAUUUUGGUGGGUGACCACAGACACAAGAACCUAUACUACCACCAUCUGCCCAACACCGACCCCGACCCUCAGCAACCAAGACAGCGAAGUCUUGUGUCUUCCAGCAAUAUCCCCAUCUCCCAGUGUAAAGUCGAGUAAUGUGCCGGACUGCACAGAAGUUACAAAAACCACUCUCAGCACCGGAGGAAUUCUGUGGUGGGUGACCACAGACACAAGAACCUAUACUACCAGCAUCUGCCCAACACCGACCCCGACCCUCAGCAACCAAGACAGCGAAGUCUCGUGUCAAGAAGUAACCUAUACUUACACCAUUUGCCCCACACCAACAGCAAGCCUUAAGCCUUCGGUCCUCAGCAACCCGUGCAUUACCAACACACCACCGAAGACGUCAGUGGUACCAUGCCCCUCUCCUCCGCCAACCGACUACGACCCUCCUUCAAACGACACCGCAGACUACUACCCCUACUCGACAGACCGAUGCGCCAUUCCGAUCCCCGAAGGCGUGCACUGUUGCCGUGAGGAAAACCAGGUGCUCUGUGAGGACUGUCAUCACAACUACGAGUGCAAGAGAGGACUCUGCCCACUUGUGGAGGAUUGCGUGGGGAUGUGCGGCCGGCUCUGCUCGUGUUGA